AUGGAUUCAUACAACGACAUUUUAAGCAUAGUAGUUGAUUUAGGAUUUGAAAACACGAAAGUUGGAUAUGCUGGGGAUGAAAAUCCUACGAACAUCUUUAGCUCGAAUGUUGGAAUUCCACUAGAUUUGGAUAUAAAAGUAAAAAAUGAGAUUUAUAAAAAAUGUUUGUGUACAAAAGGAGAAUUUUAUCAGUUCAAUUUAAUAUACCCCCUUUUUUAUUUGGAAGCAUUGGAAAAUGCGAAAAUCAAACCGUGUUUAUAUCUUGACAAUAAAUGCCAUUUUAAUAUGAACGAAGAUGUGUUUGAAAGAAUUAUGUUCAUGAAUGUGAACGGGGAUAGAAGUCUGUAUAAGCUCAUAGAAAAAAGAGUAAAAGAUUUUAUAGGAAAUAAAUUGCAAAAACAAAGUGAUAUAAUAGGAAGCGAAUUUGUCGAUAAUAGUGCAGAAGGGGGUUUAACUAGAGAAAUCAAUGUAGGUAUAAACGAAAACGAUCAACUUAAUGAACAAAUGGGUAAAGAAGCGGCAUGUACUGAGAAUAGCCAAGUACUAUAUGAACGAGAUGACGCAAAAUCAUGUAAUGCUUUAAACACAAUAAAAGAAGUAACAGAAAUAGGAGAAAAUUGUAUCAUGGAAAAACAGAGGAACGAAGCUGAUAAAAAAGACACACUAAACUCUCUGAAAGAAUGGGCUGAAGAGAACGAUUAUUUUGAUAUGAACGUAAUUGAAAAUAAAUUAAUUGAUACUAAUAGUAUAAAGAAUAUGAUAAAUAAAUAUAAUAAUGUUGGUUGUGGAUUAAAUGAAAAGAUGGAAAUAUUUUCUUAUUUAUUUUCUUUACCUAAUAAAAGAAAUAAGCAGAUUAAAGAAAAAAUAACCCAAUUAUUAUUUGAAAAAUAUAAGGUGCCUGCAUUAUAUUUUAACUCAAAAUCUAUAUUAAGCGGACUUUCAUACAAUAAAAACAUCUGCUCAGUAGUUGAUGUUGGGUCAUGUUAUACGGAUUUUUCUCUAUGUAAUGAAGGAAUAAUAGACGACAAAAAUUAUAAGAUAUAUAAUAUAGGAGGAUCUACAGUGGAUCUCUUUUUAGAAGAGUUAUUAGCAAAAUUUAAUAAAGAAUACUGCACACCAUAUUUUGAAAAUAACCAUUAUUAUAAAAAAUAUGAACAGUUCAGGUAUAAUAAAGAAAAAAUACAUGCAGACUAUUAUAACAUAGCAAAGUAUAUGCCCUUAAAAGAUUUAAAAAGUUAUUUAUGUGAAGUAGCAGAUAGCGAAAAUAACAUUAAUGAUGCAAAAAAUAUGACUCUUAAAGAAAGUAUGGAUGUAUUUAUUUUGCCAGAUGGACAAAACAUAAAUAUUUCAAAAUUUAAAAAUAUUGCAUGUGAAAUAUUUUUUACCCCAUCUUUACUAAAUGACACAAAAUUAGUUGAUCACUUAAAUAACGUGUUUGUAAAGGACGAUAAAAAGACAGAUAAUACAUUCCAGGGACUUCCAACAACUUUAUUUAAUAUGCUGAAAAAUGUCAAGUCGAUUAAAAAUAAAGAUGAAUUACUAAGCAAUGUUAUUUUAACUGGUUCCUCUACGCUUUUUGAUCAUUUCAACCAAAGAUUUAUUAAAGAAUUCAAACAAUUAGAUUGUAUGAGUAGCUGUAAUUUUCAAAAUUUUCAAGUGUUAAAUCAUGGAAAAUAUGAUAAACAAUAUUCUUCCUGGAAAGGCGGCAGUAUUUUGUCGUCCUUUAAAAAUUUUAGUUCUUUUUUCGUUACCCGAAAAGAGUAUGAGGAAUUUGGUUUUGACAUCGUCAAUCGGAAGUGCUAG